AUGAACGCGAACGAAAGCACUAGUCUUAUGACAGCAACAGAUCAUAAGGAAGAAGUUGCUGUAGAAGAGCCUGAUAUAAAACUUGCUGAAAUGGGUUACAAAGCUGAAUUGCCACGCUCAUUAUCCUUCUUUUCUGUACUUGGGCUUUCAUUUGCAAUUAUGGCUGUACCUGCUGGUGAAUCAGUAACACUUAAUAUUGGCCUCACCGAUGGUGGUCCAGUAACUAUUCUCUAUGGUUGGAUAUUAGUUACUAUCAUUUCAAUAUGUAUUGCUGCAAGUUUAGCUGAAAUUUGCUCAAAAUAUCCGACUUCCGGAGGUGUUUAUUAUUGGUCUGCAAUGUUAGCAAAUAAAAAAUGGGCGCCUAUUACUUCUUGGAUAACAGGAUGGUUAAAUCUUGUCGGAAAUUGGACACUGACAACUGCCAUCUGUUUUGCUUGUGGGCAAUUAAUAUUAUCGGGUAUUGGAUUAUGGGAUGAAACCUAUAUUCCAGCAACUUGGCAUGUUGUAUUAAUGUCUUGGACUGUACUACUUAUUUCCUUGUUUAUAAAUAUUUUCGCUGCAAAACACUUGGAUUUCAUUAAUAUUAUUUGUGUUUAUUGGACAGGUGUAUCAAUUUUGAUUAUUGUCAUUAGUGUAUUAAUAAUGGCAAAAGGAGGAAGAAGAAGUGCAACAUAUGUCUUUACAGGAUUUGAUGCAACAAGCGCUGGUUGGCCACCCGUAUGGGCAUUUUUUGUUGGAUUAUUACAAUCUGCUUAUACUCUCACUGGCUAUGGUAUGUUAGCAUCAAUGUGCGAAGAAGUACAAAACCCAGAACAAGAAGUACCAAAAGCGAUGGUAUAUUCUGUUGUUGCUGCUGGAAUUACUGGCAUUAUUUAUAUUAUUCCUAUUCUUUUUGUCAUGCCCAGUAUCAGUAAACUACUCAGUAUACCAACUGGUCAACCAAUUGGUUAUCUCUUUAUGGCAGCUACAGGUUCUACUGUUGGUGGACUUGGUCUUUUAAGUCUUAUUAUUGGUAUUCAAUUUUUUGCUGCAAUUGGCUCUUUAACAGCUACUUCUCGAUGUCUUUAUGCAUUUAGUCGAGAUGGUGCAGUACCCGCUUCAAAAUUUUGGUCAAGAAUCAAUAAACAAUAUGGUAUUCCACUCUAUGCUUUAUUACUUUCAACUGUUAUUCAAGGUCUACUUGUUUUUAUUUAUUUUGGUUCAUCAGCUGCAUUUAAUGCAUUUACUGGAGUUUCUACAAUAUGUCUUUCUGCUUCAUAUGGAUUACCUAUCGUAAUACUUGUUUUUCGAGGACGUCAUUUAGUUAAUAAUGCUCCUUUUUCUCUUGGUAAGUUUGGCUACGUUAUUAAUAUCGUUACAAUUCUGUGGAUUUUAUUGGCUAUGGUGAUAUUUUCAAUGCCAACAUCUAUACCUGUGACAGCUUCGACAAUGAAUUAUGCAAGUGUCUUAUUCAUUUUCUUUGCCGGAAUUAGCAUCUUAUGGUAUAUUGUUUGGGGAAGAGAACAUUUCCAUGGUCCACCAGUGACUUCUUCGGAUUAG